AUGGUUCCGAGUGUGCUUCACGACAUGAUCGAAGAAAUCCUCAAGAUCGCCAUCCGGUGCAUUAGGGCAUUCGUCAAAUCUGCCUCCAAAGGCCACCAUGAGGCUAUUGGUGGUCAAAGUCCCGGCGGACCCGAGAUCCGCUUCCCUUUCAGAGCAAACGACUCCUAUCUCGAGCGGUGUGGCUAUCCGGGUUUCAAUCUCUCGUGCAACACCCAAGGCCAAGCGAUCCUCCAAUUGCCUAACUCACAAGACUUUAUCGUUGACCUCGUCGACUAUAAGGAACAAUACAUCGUGCUCAGGGACCCGGGCAACUGCCUGGCGAAGCGGCUUCAACACUUGACGUUGUCGAGCUCGGUUUUCUCAGCGCAAGAGUACGGGAACUUCACGUUUGCGGAUUGCGUGAUUGAUUUGUCGGGUUUGGGAUUCGAACGGGUGGACUGCCUCAGCGAUGGACAGCACACGGUAUAUGCUGCUGCCCCCGGUGCAUUCCCUACCUACUUCUCGUUCAUCAGCCGUCGUACUUGGACGGUGUCGGUCCCGGUGGCCCGGCAAUAUCCCACGGAUGUAACUAAGAGUGUUGUCCUGAAGUGGGAUGCGCCGGACUGUAGAUCGUGCGAGAAAAGCGGUGGGAAGUGCGGGUUCAAGGGCUCCGCGGGCUCCGAUGUUGGAUGCUUUGUUAAACAUGGGCUUUCAAAGCGGGCCAAGUUGGGGAUAAUACUCGGCAUCCUGUUGCCCUUGCUUCUUUGCAUCUCCGGACUCGCAUUCUACCUAAGUUCACGCGGUCGAGUCUCCGAACAACGUGAUCCUCACGAUCAACCUCCUAACAGCAACAACGGCGAAAGCAACAUCUCAAAUAUCACAUCUCCUUCAAGCUCCUCUAGAGAAACUCGACACGCCUCUUAUGGCGUGGUGGGCAUCGAUUUAGUCACGAUAGAAUCUUAUCCGAAGAUUCAAGUCGAUGAUGAUGGACAGGUGCCCAGGCCGAAUGACAAUAUUUGCGCAAUUUGCUUGUCGGAGUAUCAGCCCAAGGAGACGCUCCGGACCAUCCCCAAUUGUGGACACUACUUUCACGCGCAGUGCAUCGAUCAGUGGCUCGGGCAGAACGCUUCUUGCCCGUUGUGCCGCGAUCACAAGGCAUACGUGUAA